AUGUCUGGACCGAGCUCCAGCCCUGAGCCUAGGCUCGAUCUUAGUGCUACUAAAUUUACAGAUCGGGAUGAAACACGUGCAAAAAUAUUUGCUGAUCUUGUUUCAAUGCCUAUUCAACUGAAAUAUCUUAUUGUUGAAAACUUUCAAUGUUUGGUAUAUGUUAUUGAACAUACAUGUGAUCAUUUGCGAAAAAAUGCAUUACAUACUGUUCAAUUCGCUGAAUUUAGUAUUUCAAGUUGUAAUUUUGGAACAAAUGAAGCAAUUCAUACUGGUAAACAUCUUGUACCUUUUCUCAGUACUUAUAUGCCUAAUUUACAAACAUUACGGCUUUGGAGACCAGAUGAUUUUCCUUGGACAUCGAUUCGACCAAACUUCAAAUAUGGAUACUAUUAUGGAGUUUCAAUGGGACAAUGGCAACGAACUCUGAAUACGCCUCAAUCUAUCAAUGAACAUGUAGCUGUCUUUGAACAAGAUCUUUCUCAAUUAUUUGAACAAUUAAAACAACUCGUCUAUCUUGAUAUUCAUGGCGAUACGUCGUCUGAAAAAAUCGAACCUUAUCGUUUAAUGGUUCAAACUCGUUUUCCAAACAGUCAAAUUGAUAUUCAGAUAUCAAGAUUUCGUCUUUGGAUGUAA